AAAAAGAGAAUUGAAGCAUUUGUUUUGAAAAAAGAAAAACACAUUUAAAGAAUUACAUGGACUUUGCAAACAGAUAUAAGAAAAUGAAAGUAAAAAUUUGAACACGAUCCAGGCUACAGAGGUUGCAGUGGAUAAGAAGUUUAAAAGCUUUGGUUCAAGAUUACAGGAGACUGCAAGAAAAGUUAAAGACAUGGAAAUGAGGAUCAAGUGACAGGAUGCUAUUUUGCCUGAGAAUACUGAAGAUUGUAAAGCAUUGAGAAAUCGAAUUCAUGACCCUGGAAAUCAAGCUCAGAUUAAGAAAUGUCAGGCAUUCGACCUCCGAUCAUGAAUGGGCCCAUGCACCCACGCCCUUUGGUAGCUUUGCUGGAUGGCAGGGAUUGUACAGUAGAAAUGCCUAUUCUGAAGGAUGUAGCCACGGUGGCAUUUUGUGAUGCUCAGUCUACACAAGAAAUUCAUGAAAAGGUACUAAAUGAAGCAGUGGGUGCACUGAUGUAUCACACUAUCACUUUAACACGAGAAGACCUGGAGAAAUUCAAAGCACUUCGAAUAAUUGUCCGAAUUGGCAGUGGUUUUGAUAACAUUGACAUCAAAUCUGCUGGGGAUUUAGGAAUUGCAGUAUGUAAUGUGCCAGCUGCAUCAGUAGAAGAGACAGCAGAUUCUACAAUGUGCCACAUUCUGAACCUUUACAGGCGAACCACCUGGCUUCAUCAGGCCUUGCGAGAAGGCACAAGAGUACAGAGUGUUGAGCAGAUUCGGGAAGUCGCUUCUGGAGCUGCCAGGAUUAGAGGGGAGACCUUGGGCAUUAUUGGAUUAGGACGUGUUGGGCAAGCAGUAGCACUACGUGCAAAGGCCUUUGGCUUUAGUGUUCUUUUUUAUGACCCAUACCUCUCAGAUGGCAUUGAACGUGCUCUUGGACUGCAGCGGGUGAGCACUUUACAGGACCUGCUAUUUCACAGUGACUGUGUAACCCUGCACUGCAACUUGAAUGAACACAAUCAUCAUCUUAUUAAUGACUUCACCAUUAAACAGAUGAGACAAGGGGCUUUCCUGGUCAACACAGCUCGAGGUGGGUUAGUAGACGAAAAAGCACUUGCACAGGCCCUGAAGGAAGGAAGGAUACGAGGGGCAGCCUUAGAUGUACAUGAGUCAGAACCAUUCAGCUUUAGUCAGGGUCCAUUGAAGGAUGCACCAAACCUGAUCUGUACCCCACAUGCAGCCUGGUACAGUGAACAAGCUUCAAUUGAGAUGCGGGAGGAAGCAGCACGAGAGAUCCGUAGGGCUAUCACAGGUCGUAUUCCAGACAGCCUGAAAAACUGUGUUAACAAAGAUCAUUUGACUGCAGCUACACCCUGGGCCAGCAUGGAUCCAGGAGUUGUUCAUCCAGAGCUUAAUGGUGCGGCAUACAGCAGGUAUCCCCCAGGUGUUGUAAGCAUGGCUCCAGCUGGUAUACCUACGGCAGUAGAAGGAAUAGUUCCCAACCCCAUGUCUUUAUCACACGGCCUUCCUGCUGUGGCCCAUCCACCACAUGCUCCUUCCCCCGGCCAAACAGUCAAACCAGAAGCUGAUAGAGACCACCCAAGUGACCAAUUGUAGCCUAAGAAAACAGCAUUCCCAACAUUGGAGAUUUCAACUUCAGAGAGUGUGUGGAAAAAAUCUGGAUUUUGAAUAAAGGCAAAACUAUGAACUUACAGGAGGAGACAAUAAUUGUUUUAGAAACUGGUCCAAUAUACAGUAUAAAAGGAAAAGGUGGGAGAUGAAAAGAAGAUUCGGAAACGUUUUUUCCUCCAUAUAAAUUGUAGUUUGUCCCUGUCCAGUGGACUGAUUCACUGUUUCUGUGUCCUAUGGGUUCUUUGUUAAGCAAGAGAAGUUAGUAGUUAAUUAUAUCAUGAAUGUACUUGUCUGUGUACAGUUUUUAGAACAUUAAAAAGGGUUUGUUUUGCUUAGCUGUCAACAAGGAAAAAACACAUAAGGGAGGCAUUCAACAAACCAAUUUUGAGAUUAAAAUCCUUUCUUUUAUAUGUUAAAACAUGCCCAAAAAUGAGGCAGUUGGCAAACUUCUCAGGACAAUGAAUUUUUCCCAUUUUUCUUUCUACACCACACAGUGCAUUGUUUUUUCUACCUGCUUGUCUUAUUUUUUAGAAUGAUUUAGUAAACAAAAGAAAAAACAGUUUCUCCUUAUUUUGGCAUGAAUUCCCUUAUUUCAAAAUGAAGACAACAUUGCAAAGAGAUUUUGAGGAAAAAAAGGUUUUGUAUAAACAAGCAUUGUGCUUUUUGUCACCAGUUAAAGUAUAUAUUAUUGGUGGUUUGCGAAAAAGGCACUAGACUACUGAAAAGUAGCAGCAUUUCAUUGCCUACAUUGAUUCCUUCCUGGUAAUGUGGUAGGCUAGCAAUAUUUUUGGUUAAAAUCAUGUUUGUGACUGUAACCAUUUGUAUGAAUUAUUUUAAAGAAAUAAAAAUCCCAGACAAA